AUGUCUUCUUUCUCCCUCCACCCUCUCAUCGACAAUGGCCUGACCAAAGGCAAUCCCGACUUUCCCGGCGGCAAGUUGCACUGCAAAUGCAGCAAGAACCCGGUCGAAGUCACGAUCAAGGGCAACGUGGCGCACAACCACGCCUGCGGCUGUAGCCAGUGCUACAAACCCAAGGGCGCAUUGUUCUCUAUCGUCGGAGUGGUCCCCGUCGCCAACCAGUCGGUGACUGCGAACGGAGACAAGCUUGAGAUCGUCAACAAGGACGCCACGAUCCUCCGACACGCGUGCAAGGAAUGUGGAGUCCACAUGUACGGGCGCAUCGAGAAGGACCACGCCUUCAAGGGCCUCGACUUCGUGCACGUCGAAUUGUCCGACGACAAGGGCUGGCAGGAGCCGCAGUUCGCGGCGUUUGUGUCCUCGCUCAUCGAGCAGGGCUUCCCUCCCUCCAAGAUGGGAGAGGUGCGCGACAGGCUGAGGUCCAUUGGCUUGGAGCCUUACGAUGUCCUGAGCCCGACGUUGAUGGAUCUUAUCGCUACUCAUGCCGCCGAAAAGGCCGGCAAGGAGAAGUUGUGA